UACCAGCGAGCACUUUGGCUUCGGGGCCUCACGUCACUGCUCGCGCCAAUAUCGUAAACAUAGUUCUCGUACCGCUUCUGUCUCACUUCUAAAGGUAAUCCAUAAACUGUUUUUUGUUUCUAUUUUUGACUCAAAGUACUGUUUUAUAAAUAAGUGAGUGUUUAACCUACAUCCAAAAAGUAUUAGUGAUAAAAUUAGAAGCACCAUGAGUGGUGACCACCACGCGGCCGCCUCCGUUGGCUGACCAUUUUCACAUCAAGACCGUUACCACCACGUGCACUGUGGUGGUGAAGGUGGGGUGCGCGAGGCGCGCGGGUGGCGGCGGCGGGGCGGGGCGGCGACAUGAGGAGCGCGCGCGCAGCCCGCCCCAGCCGCCAUGCAACGCCUGCGCACCACUUUCAAACGCUCACGGACCCCAACACCCGCGGAUAUGAAGACGCAAAGCAGCCUCGAAGUUCCCAAACAGGUGCGGUCGGCGUCAUUUGAUGAGAUCCAAUUGGAGGCAGCCCGCGGCUCCGGCGCAAGUGUGUUACUAGCUGUGCCGCAGCAUGGAGCACGCAGCAGGUCCUUUGAUUCGGCGGGCUCCGACGACUCAGGGACAUAUCUGGAGGUACCGCGUCUGUGGUCGCGUCGUCGGUCUGGCAAAGGCACGCCCCCGCCAUGUGUGCAUUGUCGCCACAUGGAGACCUGGCUGGCCCGCCGAAGCGAAGAGCGUACCACGCCUGAUAGACCACUUGCCUCAUCUUCGGCAGAAGACGACGAUGACGAAGAUGAGAGUGACGCGGAAUCCCCGAGAGUCACACUUGCGCCGCCGCCGCCGCCGCGUCCGUUCUUACCACCUCCACAAUCGCCGCCGCCUUCACCUGGAGCGCCUUCUUUCGAGCUACAACCACCAAUAGACGAACCGCCAAUCUUACCGCAAAGAAGACGUUCAAUUUCGCGACAAGAAGCAUUCUUUAUUGAACCUACGGGAAGUUCUCUCGAAAAUGUCCGGGCCUCGGAACAGGGAGCCGCCGAUGCUGCGAGAGAUUCACUUGUACACGAUAUUUAUUUAGCUGUACCCGAUUUGAAACGUGAUCGUGCCGCGUCAGUCGACUCCUGUUUUUCUAAAGUGUCUGGUGGUAGAGCAGAGGAAUUAAACGGGACUCAAAAUUCGUUAACUGUCCCCGGGAGUGGGCUUCGUUCGCGAUCGGUGGAUAUUGUGUUGCCGACAGCGGAACAGUCGCGGUACAAAGCUUUGGCGCUAACAGCGUCGCAAGCAACGCCUCCAGUGCAUAAACAAGAAGAACCACCACAACCAGCAGUGCCACCAUUAGAUUCCAGACGAGGCGGCGACGUGGGAGGCGCCCGGGUGCUGCGCUCGACGCCUGACUGGGGCGACGCGGCAAUCAGCGGCGAACACCUCUGGUCGCCCACUUCCGUGUCCGGAGAUUGCUGUUAUGUUGGCGACGCGGAAUGCCAGAAACACGGUUCCCGUAUGAAAUGCUCUGCAUGCAAGAUCGUGGCGCACAUAGCGUGCAUCGACAUCCUGAUGGACCGCGUGCAGUUCACGUGCAAGCCCACGUUCCGUGACGUGGGUGUGCGCCAAUACCGCGAGCAGACCGUCACGCACCAUCACUGGGUGCAUCGCCGCUCCGAGAAGGGCAAGUGCAAGGCUUGCGGGAAGUCAUUCCGGCGCAGUUGCUGUGGAUGGUGCAUACCGUCACGCCACUCUGUAGACAAGGCUAUACAAGUAGACAAUGACGUUGUCAACCAUUCGCUGCAAGCUAAAUUAUCGUUCAGCUCGAAAGAGAUCGUAGCCUUGAGUUGUUCGUGGUGCAAAGAUGCCUACCACAACAAAGAAAGUUGCUUCAACCUUCAGCGAAUAGGGGAAGAGUGUUCGUUAGGUUGUCAGUCGAAUAUAAUAGUGCCACCCUCGUGGAUCGUGAAACUGCCAAGGAGAGGCAGUUUCAAAUCGUCCUUAAGAAAGUCACCUAAGAAAAAAAGUGCUUCCAAAAAGAAAGGGAAGGACACCAAAAAUGACCAGAGAACAUUUGUGAUAAAGCCGAUACCCACGGCUAGUGUAAAACCUGUGCUGGUAUUUAUAAAUCCCAAGAGUGGUGGCAACCAGGGCGCAAAACUACUCCAAAAGUUCCAGUGGCUGUUGAAUCCUCGACAGGUGUUCGACCUUACGCAGGGCGGUCCAGGACCUGGAUUGGAGUUAUUUCGAAAGGUGCCUAAUUUGCGUGUGCUUGCGUGCGGCGGUGACGGUACGGUGGGCUGGGUGCUGAGCGUGCUGGACCGCAUCGGCUCGCGGCCCGCUGUCGGAGUGCUGCCGCUCGGCACCGGUAAUGAUCUUGCCAGAGCACUCGGUUGGGGCGGGGGUUACGAAGACGAACCGAUAUCGAAGAUUCUCGCCAAUAUUGGAGAAAGUGACACAGUCCUGCUGGACCGCUGGCAGCUGACCGUGGAGCCUAACACAGCUGCCUCUGGACAAGACACCACCAACGCUAAGCCAGAACUGCCUCUCAAUGUCGUCAACAAUUAUUUCUCAUUCGGCGUCGACGCUCACAUCGCCCUGGAGUUUCAUGAAGCUAGAGAGGCGCACCCAGAGAAGUUCAACUCUCGAAUAAGAAACAAGCUGUUCUACGGAACUGCGGGAGGCAAGGAUCUCAUGCAACGCAAGUGGAAGGGACUGGCGGAGUUCGUCACUAUGGAGUGCGACGGCAAAGAUCUCACGCCAGUGCUCCGAGAGCACAAAGUACACGCUAUCGUUUUUUUAAACAUUCCAAGUUACGGGGGUGGCACCCACCCUUGGAACAAGUCAGGAGGCUCUUUUGAGCCUUCUACUGAAGACGGAUUAAUAGAAGUAGUAGGAUUAACCACAUAUCAACUGCCUUUAUUACAAGCUGGAGGUCACGGCACGUGUAUCACGCAGUGCAAAACAGCAAAAAUAGUGACCACAAAAGUGAUACCGAUGCAAGUGGAUGGUGAGGCGUGUAGACUGGCACCCUCGGUCAUCACAUUGUCGCGCCUCAACCAAGCCACUAUGCUCGCUAAGAAGAAGCCUGGCAGGACCAUUGCGCCACAAACAACAUUAGACAAGCUUACACUCACUGUGAAUCUCAUAAGAAUGACUGAUUACGAAAGACACCAUUACGACAAGGAAUUGCUCGCUAAGACAGCGGAGAGCAUUGGCUCUCUAGAAGUGAACCCUGCAGCGGACUUAGAGCAAAUACGUACCCUCAUUCAAAACAUGAUCAAAGAAUCUCAACAGUACUCAAGUCUCGUCGACUGGUGGUUUGUGGACUCGGUGACGGCAGAGCGAUUCUUCCGAGUCGACAAAGCACAGGAAAAUUUGCACUACCCGGCCGACAUCGGACACGACAACAUAUACAUACUGGACGCGGCGCCGCAGACGCCCGACACCGAGAGCACCGUGCAACCCGACACCACGGCCACGGGCUCGCUCGACCGCACCGGCCCUUCAGUCUCACUAGACACUACCACCGGACUCUCCGUCUCGCUUGACAUCUCCCAAAGUGUCGACACUCCGAGCGCUGGGGUCUCCCUGGACGUUCCUGAAUCUCAUGCCAGUGAAUCCGGUCUGGGGAGCCCAGCGCGGACAUCUGAAGAGCUAUCGACCCCACAAACUCCGCCACCAGCUGCCGUUGUACCUCCUGUUCCUAGUGCUCCUAAGACUCCUCCAGCCCCUUCUCCGAAGAAGUCAGUUCCGCCCACUCCCAAAACUCCACUUCCCACCACACCCAAAACUGCUCCUGCAGCAAGUCCGCCGAAGGUUACAGUACCCAGUCAAGAGUCGGGGUCGCCUCCUCUUUGCGCCAGUCCACCGGCUAAAGAUAUUCAGCCCACUCACGAUUCAAUAGUGCGGUUCAAGACCAUUCAUGAAAAACUUUUCGGACUUGACCAAGAAGUAUUUGGCUAUAGAAAUUUGUUGGAAAAAACAUCUGACGCGCUUCUCAAGGCCGCUAAAGUUGGUGAUCUGAAAAUGAUGAAAGAACUUCACGCAGCUGGCUAUUCACUAAUGUCGAUCGACGCGAGUGGUCAAACCGCGUUACACAUAGCAGCGCGAUACGGCAACAAGGAGAUAGUGAAGUAUCUAAUCGCGUGCGCGCCCACGGCAAUGGUGAACAUGCGCGACAACGAGCGCGGGCAGACAGCGCUGCACAAGGCGGCGGCGCACAAGCGGCGCGCCAUCUGCUGCAUGCUGGUGGCGGGCGGCGCGUCCCUCACGCGCCAGGACCAUGCUGGACUCACCCCGCGGCAUCUGGCGCUGCGGGCCGAGGACCACGACCUCGCCGCAUAUUUAGAAAGUCAAGAGCAUUUUCAAUUAGUCUCCGAAGAUCUAGAAACAGCGGUUUGAGAAGAAUAACAUAUACUAAUCGUGGAUAAUCUACCUGACACGGAAUACAAGACUUUAGUGAUAGUGUAAUUACGAUUUAUAAUUAAUUAUUAUUAUAAUAUUUCCUCUAACACCAAAGUGAUAUUCAGAUCUUGUGACUUUGUAGUAUUAAAUGACGUUUGACUACUUAAAUGUACCCAUUAAAGAGUUUAAUAUUAUAAUUAUAUUUGUAAUUUAAGAAAAUUCCUUUUGUAAAUUAUGCGAUAAAGGUUUAAUAAAAAGUAUUCAAGUAUGAUAUAAUUUUUGAAAAUAAUAUAAAGCAAUCAUAAAAUUUUAAAAACUUCUGUAGUGUUGCUUGUACAGAUAGAUAUUAGACUAAAUGCACCUUUUUUAAAAAUAAUUCUCCAACCAGGAAAAUAUGUUAUGGGUAGAUAUUUAUUGUACUAAACCAAAUAAUUUUGUGCAAAAUAAUUUAUUGCCUAUUUUCUUUAUAAUAUAACACAUUUUUGGUAUUAUUUAUUUUCUCUUUGCUAUUAUACGAAGUUAAUUUUGCAUUACCAAGUACUUAGUACCCACCAAGUAUUGAUGGCGCCAUAACAGGUGCGGUUGUUUGUUUGCCGCGUGCUGUCGGUCUAUCGUGCUAUGAGAAUAUCAAUUUGGUGGCUUCACUCAUUAAACAGCUUUGCAUUAAAAACUCUUCUUUUCACCAAAAUAUUGAAAUAAUGUUGCAUUAAUAAUUAUAAUUAUGACCUCCAUAAAAUAUAGCUUUCGUGAUGAAGGGGUAUUUUUUUAUGUGGAAGAUAGGCAAACAAGCGGCCUAGAUAACUACAAAAUCAUAAAAUGUUUAUGCAAUAUAGACCUAAGGAGUGAGAAAUGUGGGGAUGGAAAAACUUAUUCUUAAUGAAUCCGGCAAUGCUACUGAGCUGCGGCAACAAGAAGCGAAAAUCGAUGCUGCACGUCUAAUUUCUAUUAGAUAUUAGUAGGGCUAAAAAAUGCUACAUCCCGUUUCUACCAUUAAAAAGAUCGCCCACAUGUAAAGUUUUCAACAAGUUAAAAUAAUAAAAUCUGCGUCGCAUUUAACAAAAUAUAACCAAAUUACGAAAAAAUAUAUAGUAUAGGUGGUUAUAUUUAACAAUAGACCGACAGCAUGUAUUUAUUUUUAAUUAACUUUGUGCUCUUCAAACUUAAAAAUGGUUUCUAAAGGACGUUUUUUUUAUGUUUUCACUGUAUCCAAUGCUUCUAUUAAAAUAGGUUCGCUACAGUGAAAAGUACUGUGUUUAGCAUUUAACUAACGCAAUAUUCGAUAAGAAAUUGAAUACAAGAAGUAGAUUAAAAUUCAUAAGACAAUUCACUGCAGUAUGUUUUUAUUGUGUUUUUGACAAACAUUGUGCUUACGUGCCUACAUAAUACUGAAAUUAGAAUCAUUGGGCCUAAAUACUUAAUAAUAUAUAUCAAGACUUACGUUCAUGUGUAGUAUUUGCGUAUGUUUUGAAUUCGGAAACAUACUAUGUUUUAAAAUCUGUCUUGAGCUUUUAAUUUAUAUAAUGCUGAUUAAAUCGGUGUAGUUUCUAUUUUGAUCUCAGCGUUUGUUACUUUUAGAGAUAAUUUAUGUGUUUCAUUUCUGUGAAAUAUAUUUAAUGGAGCUUAAUUGUAUUGUGUUGGUUUGUUAUCACAGGUGGAGUGUUAUUAUUUAUGAAGCUAUGUAGCGUAGUUAAUUCUCAUUCGUCGACCAAAUCCUUAACAACAAAAUUGUCUCACAACCGCUGGAAGCAAUCCAUCGUCCCUCGCGUCUAUUGUUAUUUAUUGUCUUAUCGAAUUAUUAUCUUUCGAGUGUUUUGGGUGAUUUAACUCGUACGAAUUGGAAUAGUUAGUGUUAUUUAUGACUGUAAUGCCAAUACCUCUACAUGUAGUACCUAAUAGUUUAGUAUGUAACGAAUUUACUCGUACUACUCGCUAUUAAGCGAACAAUGAAAGACAAAGCUGUGAGAAUUUUGGUCUUAAUGUAAAAAGUAAGUUCUUUUUAUCGUAAGCGAGAAAGAAGUGCACGUGCCCUAAAGCUGCUUCGUGAUGAUUAAUAGAUAUAAUGUGGAAAUUGUGUUAAGUAACCGCUGUUCACAAUACUGUUUCCCGCCGCGGUGCGAACACAGCGCGUUUACUAAGCGAACGAUUUUAUAACGAAUUUUAUUAUUGUUCUGUAUAGGGAAUAUACUCUGUAGCGUGUGUACUUACUGGAAUAACAAUGCUUUCCCCCAGACCUAGUAUUCCGUUCGGUGAAACAAUACAGAAGCAAUGUUCCAAAGCACGUUAAUUAAAUGAAAUGCCAAUAGCUGAAUUUGGGAUUUCAAAUCAAAUAUUUCGGAGUAAUAGGAAUGAAACUCUGCGUUUACCCCUUUAAUAAUGUAAUAAUUUAAAGUAAAUAUUAAGGUUGCGUUUUAACUGAAACGGGGAGGGGACGAGUCGUGCAGAAAUAGACCUAUCAAUUGAUUGAAAUUUACAUAUUUUAUAUCUCCACUGCGGUUCAAUAGAAACGUAUGUUUACCCUGGCAUAUUCUGCUCCUUUCGGUUUCAGUGAAAACGCACAUAAAAGCCUGAUUUUAACACAAAAAGAGAUUCUCGAAUGUCCAAAGUCAGGCUACAAUGAGUUCCAUUUUAUCCUUGGUUUCCAUCUAUACUGUAUUAAACUGCCCCAAAUGAGUAAAAUGUCAUGAUUGGACGCCGAAACUGAAGGUUACUGAUAUUGUUCUCGCCUCUAGCAUACGAGAAACUCUUGUUGUGUGGGCUUAAUGCACGUAAUGCCCCUCUGUCCCGUGCUCUACAUACCAUACCGUUAAUAUCCGACAAUAGAACUCUGUAACUACACUAAUCUCGUAGAUUAAGUUUCGAGUUAUAAGUCUACAUCAGAUGCCUACUUAACCUUUAUAUUUAUAAGUGAGACUUUUCCAAUAUACUGUUAUGUAGUCUUUAUAUGUAUGUACAUAAUAUUAUAUCAGAGGCCUUCAUUCGGUAGUGCACUAUAUAUUCUCUUAUAUGUAUAUGGAUUACCUAGUAUAUUUCGCGACCAAUUGCUAUCUUUAUGAAGUAAAUAUCACUAGGUUAGGAGUGUGAGUACUGAUAUAAAAAUGUGCUUUUUGACGACACGUUUGUUCAAUAAUAAACAAAGUCUUGGCCCAAGUUUAUCUGUAACACGGGGUUCUUGCAUGUCCUUUAUCCUGUUACUACGAUUUAUGCACGUGAGAUAUUUUUUUAAUAAUAUGUACUUUUUAAUAUUACGUAAGACACACGGAAUGUGAUUUGAAAAUGAAUUAAGAGCAAUCUGAUUAGAGAUAGUAUAUGGACUUUUUGAAUGAAAAAUUAAUUGGUGGAUUUUCCCCAUCUGGCACGUCUAAUGAUAUACUUAGAAAGCAUUCCACGUUAAUAUAAUUAAUUUCCGGUCGUCAUUAAAACUUCCGGAUUUAAUAGUAGAAAUAUUAUUAUUAAAAGUAAUACAGCGAUCGAGUAGAUUAUUUCCACAUAGCACAUCGUUAAACUGCGACGUGUUUACAUCAUUUCGAAUAGAUAAUUAUAAUAAUAAUAUUUAACGAUUUUACCGUAGUUAAAUUAGAUAAAUGAAAAUGAAUUAGACUAUUUUUAUCUACUUUAUAAUUUCACUGUUAAAUAAAUAUUCGCCGCAAAUGUAUCCUUAUGUAAUUUCAUUCACGAUCAGUUCAUUGCGUAUCGGUAAAAAAAUGUUACAAUUCACUAUGGUUAUCUUUGGAAUAUUGAUAUUUUGAAUAAUUUGUGAGUUUAUUUGAAGUAAUAUUACAUUUACUGUUUACAAUACACACAACGUAAACAAUAAAAUGUAAAUGAAAUUAUUUGUGACAAUUUUUGCCUUUGCCUACCACCAAAUAAAAAUCUUCUAUAAUAUAAUAGCUGAGCUGAUUUAAUGACUUUUAGUAUCAAAAUGGAAAUAGAUGUUAAAUAUAUACAAAUGAUCUGCUGCUCAGUAUUGAUAUGCACCGAUAUUAAUAUAUUUAUCUCUUAUCUGGACAAAUGCACAUCAAAUUCCCCAAUACAUAAAUAAAUAAGUACUUAUUUAAUAACUCACGUAGCAUUUUUCUAGAUUAAUUCAGAGACCAAAAGAAAAUAUACUCAUAGCUUAAUAUGUAUAUUUUGUCAUUUUGUAAAUCAUAAUGAUGAGAUAAAUUUAUUCAUAUCAGUUUAUAUUCAUAGGUGACAAUAUCUAAGUGCACUGUAUAUUUUAUGGUAUGAAAUUAAUGUCAACCAUGAAAAUCAUUUUAAUGUAAACAACGGAAUGUCUUGAAUAGAUAAUAAAAAAAUAUUCAAUUUAAAAAUAACUCAUUAGGCACAGCAGAAUUUUACUUAAAUUCCUAAAAUUAUGUAAUAAAAUGUUUGAACAGUAUUUUCAGAGCACUAGUUUCAUUGUUAGUACAUACUUAUUUUUGCACUCAAUAAAGUCACUAUUUUAAAGAAAGUUAUUUAAAUCAAGUACACUGAAAGAACAAUAAAUAAAAUGCGUCUUAA